UUUUGCGCAAAUGAUGCUGAUACAUUUGUGGAAGCUUGCAAGCUUUGUGUGGGACAUUGUGAAGCAGUAGAUUUAAAUAUAGGAUGCCCACAAGCUAUAGCUCGCCGUGGUCAUUAUGGUUCUUUUCUACAAGAGGAAUGGGAAUUGCUUGCAAAUAUGGUUUCCAGAGCUUCAAAAGAAGCAAAAAUACCAAUAACUUGUAAGAUUAGAGUCUUUAAAGAUGUUGAAAGGACUAUAAAGUAUGCUCAAAUGUUGGAAAAAGCUGGGUGUCAGCUUCUUACAGUUCAUGGUCGUACGAGGGAACAAAAAGGUCCAUUAACAGGAUUGGCUAGCUGGGAACAUAUCAAAGCUGUUAAGCAAAAUUUAAGAAUACCAAUAUUUGCUAAUGGCAACAUACAGUACCUUUCAGAUGUUCAUAGGUGCUUGAUAGAAACUGGUGUUGAUGGAGUUAUGAUUGCUGAGGGCAGCUUACACAAUCCAGCUUUAUUUAGAGGUUUGGCUCCAACAGUGUGGGAAAUGGCUUUGGAAUACUUAGAGCUCGUCAAACUUUAUCCUUGUCCAACUUCAUAUGUACGUGGACAUUUGUUUAAAUUAUGUCAUCAUUGCUUGUUAUUGGAUGAAAAUAAAAAUAUUAGGCAAAAAGUAGCUGUUGCUAAUUGUAUUGAAGAGUUUAGAAUAGCUGUCAUUGAAUUGAAAGACAAAUAUGAGAAUUUUUUGAAGAACAGUGAAAAUCACACAAAUUGUUUGAAAGAUUAUGGUUUACCAGAUCCACCUUGGAUUUGCCAGCCAUACGUGAGGCCAGAUCCUGUUGCCUCUGCUCAGAAGGUAAAAAAGGAAAAAUCUGCACCUGAAAAUGAGAUCGCACCAUGUGGCAUUAAACGACAAAACUGUGAUAACUCAUUAUCUAAGAAAAAGCUCAAGAAAUUGUUAAAAAAUCCUCGAAAACAAUUUUCUAUCAAAAAAGCUUUUGAUGUUUGUUCUCUUUGUCCCAAUCCAAAAGGAACAAAAUGCACAUACCAACUUUGUAAGUCUUGCUGCAGAGAUAAAUCCUUCAAAGAAAACUUGGAUUGUUCAGGACAUAGAUUUAGUUUCAAAACGAAGAUGGAGAAAUCUGAUCAGGAAGCACAUUGUAAACUUCCUAAGGAAUUUGAUGUACAAUCAGCUAACUGUGAUAAUUUUAAAGAUGAUUGCUUAUGACAAAUUGCUUUUUGUUCAUAAAUUUUAUAUAUUUGAUAUGAAUUCUAUUAUUAAAAUUUAUGCUGUUACUAUC